AUCAACUCCAACAACCACCCGCCGUCGACAACCACCACCCCGGCACCAGCAGCCAAUAUGUCGGAGCAGACGAAGCAGUUCGGAAAGGGCCAGAGGACCAUUCCCGCUCAGAAGGCCCAGAAAUGGUACCCCGUUGACGAUGAGUCGCAGCCCAAGAAAGUCAGUACACCCUGUGCCAGAAAAGCAAUUAUAUUGGAGGAUGGAGAUGCAUUCCCUAUGAAUGAGUGCGACAAUUGCGCCGGCCAAGGAACCUCAAAUUUUGGUUGAUCCAGGGGCCGGUGUCGAUGAAACAUGAGUUAAUAGGGAAUAGCAUGGAUUUGAAGACUACAUUUUGAUAUUGGAAUCGCAAAACUAUUUGGGAAUAUUGAAAGAAGUCUGACAUGAUUUUUUUGUGUUUUCAACAGGUCCGCAAGACUCUGCGUCCCGCUAAGGUCCGGGAAAGCCUCCAGCCUGGUACCGUCCUGAUCCUCC